CUGUCUAUGGGUUUAACCCAUAUGGUUUAACCUUUAAUCUUUUGCUUCUGUUGAGCACAUUUCUUCAUUCUCCCCAGGUCGAGAAAUAAAGAACAACCGUUUAUACCUCAUUUGGAACCUACAUCAAGCUUUCGGGGCAGGAAACAAAGGCAGCGAGAAGGGCCGGGCUUUGGAAAAUAGGCUGCUUGUUUUGUUUUGUCUCCUGAACUGAACAAAACGUUCAGCUGCUAACAUUUAACGUUUAAAGGUAGCAGGAUGGAUUCUGAAAAGAGGGAUAAACUAUCAGAACUUGUGGAAGAGCUGACUACUUCUGGUGAACCUACUCUGAAUGCAAACAAGAUGAAGGAGGUGAAGAAGAUAUCCAAGAUUUCCAACGACUACAUUGAGCACGUGUACCAUUUGAUCAUGACCCAGUUGAACCAGGAGCAUGCAGAAAUCAGGCUGUCAGCUUUCAACAUGGUUGCUGAGUUGUUCAGCCGCUCACAUUACUUCCGUGUGCUUCUAGUCGCCAAUUUGCAAGAGUUUCUUGACCUCACUGUUGAGACAGACAUAGAUCAGCCACUGCCACCACCAAAGGAAGUUGCCCAGAAGUUGAAGAGACUAGCUAUCCAGACUGUACAGACAUGGCAUGCCACCUAUGGAGAGGCUUACAAGAAGCUUGCUCUUGGCUUCCACUUUCUUAAACAGGUGAAGAAGGUCAAUUUUCAGGAUGUAGAGGCUCGAACUCUUACAGAAAGAAGGAGACAAGAGGAGAGACAGAGAAGACUGCAGAUGGUGUACAAAGACAAGCUUGAGAAAGCCAAGUCAGAGAUGGAGGAAACCCGUGAAGACAUUGAGGUGAGCUUGACUGAGAUCCACAGCUGUAUGAAGCUCUUACUACCUGACCCAGAGAACUUUAAUAUGUGCAACCUGGAGCCUAUAGCCAGCUCAAGUGGAGCUUCAACAUCCCUAGAGUUUCGAGACUCAAACAGCAAUGAAGAUGUCCAGCCAUGCUGCAGUCGUGACCUUAAGGAAGAAUCUGAUGUGAUGACGCAGAAAAAAGAUCCGAAUGAUUCUGAGAGUGAAACCGAAGAGAGUACAAAUGAUAGCUCCUUCCUGCGCAACUCUGGUGUGAUGUCUCACAAAUAUAGUUUGGAACUCAGUAUAUCUGAUGUGGAUCUUCAGGAGACUGAAGACAAUGAGGCCGUUCUGGACACUGUAAAGGACCUGCACCGACUCAUCACCACCAAACAUCUGCCAGCUGUACAGUCCUGGAUUCAGGUUUUCACCAAAGUUGAAGGUGAGGAGCAGCUUCUUAGACAGACCGUGGAGCUGAAGCACUCUCUGGAAACUGCUUUACAGAAGUACAAAACCCUUAACAUCAGCCACAAGAACAGGCAUCACAGAGUGAUGAGAGCUGAUGAAAGUGAUGAAGACUUUGAGGAGGUGCCAGAGAAGGAAGGCUUUGAGCCACAAGUUCUUGAUGAUCUGCGUGUCAAGUAUGGUAUGGAACCACUCAUCUCUUCCCCAGGGUCGGUGGGGGGAAAAAAGCCUCCAAAACAGCUGGCUACCAAGCAUGUUCCCUUGACUUCCCCAAGUACCUUACGUUCUAAAAUGAAGACCUGGGAGGAAGAACAGGACCCUACCAGUGCUGCUGCAACCUUGCGUAUCCUCAGGCAACGUCUCCCAUCCACUGUGACUGAAAAUUGUGGCGCAUCAGGCAGCAGUGUGUCACCCGAAGAGACUACUGAAGUCGGAGAAGAAAAGGAAGUCCCUGUUGUACCGUUUGGUAUAGACCUCUACUAUUGGGGGAAGGAGCAACCUACUGCUGGGAAGAUUAUCAAGUACUCCUCACAACAUCAGUUCUGGGUACCCAAUGAAAGAGAGGAAGAAGUGGUGAAUGAAGAGCUUUCUGCCCAGAUGAAGUCGCGUUACAUCACAUUUGCUGGUCGCUUCCAACCAGUGCUGCAUAAGUGCAAAGCUCCUAUGCCUAAUGGUGGUCUUUGUGAACGUCAAGAUCGUGUUAAAUGUCCUUUCCAUGGAAGAAUUGUUCCACGAGAUGAUUUAGGAAGGCCAACUAACCCAGAGGAUUCAGAACGUCUUGAAAAGGAGAGGAGAAAGCUUCAAGAAGAGCAACCUGAUUGGCGAGAUCCCGAGUUGAUGAGAGAGAUCGAGGCAGCCACUGGAGAAGAUCUUGGCUCCUCUAAAACAUUUGGCAAGGGGAAGAAGGGCUCUAAAGGGAAAGGGAAAAAGAGGAAAUACCCCAGCCUGACAGACCUGAAACAGAGUGCCAAUACCGCACGCUCCAGGCUUGAGAAGAAAGUUUUUAACAAGAGCUCCAUGAGGCGGGUCACUGAUGUUAUGAAUAAAAUGGACAAAAGGAAGCAUGAAAAGUUUUCCAACCAAUUCAACUAUGCGCUCAAUUAAAACAUGGACAAACACAACAGCUUUUACACUGUCAAUAACACUCCAAAUGUGCAUGACCUGUGGACACAAUUUGGCUUUUUGCAGUUUCAUAUUCAAAUUUCUCCUUUGUGUAACAUUAAAAAGUCUUUGUAUAUGAGAUGAGGAGCUAUUUAAUUUAGUGAGAAAUAUUUGUGGGUCGUGGUUGGUCACAUAACAUAAUGACACAGGUAAUGGAAAUGAGAUUGUCUUGCACUCAUUGUUCAUAUGCAUAGUACUGUCAUAAUGUUAUAGAUGUAUGGAGCUGUCAAUGAAACAUAUUUGAGCGUUCCUGUUUGUUUCUGGGAUGUUUUUUUUUUAGAUAUUGCCAAGUAUUUUAUACACUGCCAAAAUUGAAUAAAUGUACUAAUUAAUAAAUGUACAUUACUAUGCUAAUUUAUUGAUCAUUCAUUAAUUAUUUUCCUUAGAUGUCAUCAGCAGCUAUGCUGUUGUCUUAUCUUUAGGCCUUUUACCUCUGAUACAUUGGAGCACACUGUUCUUACCCUUAUCAUUUUGUUAUACAAUAAUAUGCAGGUUAUUGUUUUUUGCAACUCAAAACAGUUUUUAGCUACUGCCAUACUUUGAAAAGAGAAAAAUUAUGCUUUAGAUUUUUCAGAAUCCUUCCAAUUCUGAGUAAAGGAAUCGGUAAGCUUGUUUUAUUUUUUUUUAGGCCUACUGGAAUUAAAAUAGCCCCACAUCACGUACCCUUCACUAUACCUAGAGAUUGGCAUGGUUUUAUUUCAGUUAGCCUAAUAGCUGGUUUGA